CGGACAUCACACCUGCUCCCUCUGAGGUCUGCUUCCUGUGUUGACCAUGCCCGGGUGGAGCUGCCUGGUGACAGGAGCAGGAGGGUUUCUGGGCCAGAGGGUUGUCCGUAUGUUGAGUCAGGAGAAAGAACUGCAGGAGAUCAGGGUCUUGUACAGGUCCUUCACUCCAAAACACAGGGAGGAGCUAUCCAAGCUGCAGACAAAAGCCAAGGUGACCGUGCUGAAGGGAGACAUUCUGGAUGCCCAGUGCCUGCAGAGAGCCUGCCAGGGCAUCUCUGUUGUCAUUCAUUCCGCAGCUGCCAUUAACAUCUCAGGUGUCAUUCCCAGACAAACCAUCGUGGAUAUCAAUCUGAAAGGUACUCAGCUCCUGUUGGAUGCUUGUGUGGAAGCCAGUGUUCCAGUCUUCAUCUACAGCAGCUCACUGUCCGUGGCUGGACCAAACUCCUACAAGGAGAUUAUCCGGAAUGCCUGCGAGGAAGAGAAUCACGAAAGCAAGUGGUCUGAACCAUAUCCAUACAGCAAGAAGAUGGCUGAGAAGGCAGUGCUGGCAGCCGAUGGGCGCACCCUGAAAGAUGGCGGCACUUUGCAUACUUGUGCCUUAAGACUCCCAUUCAUCUAUGGAGAAGGAAGCCAAAUGCUUUUGGGCGUAAUGAAUAGUGCUCUCGAAAACAAUGGCGUUAUUUGGAAUAUUUCCAAAUUCUCCGUGGCCAACUCAGUGUAUGUGAGCAAUGGGGCCUGGGCACACGUGCUGGCUGCCAGGGGCCUACGAGACCCCAAGAAGUCACCAAACAUCCAAGGGCAGUUCUACUACAUCUCAGAUGACACUCCUCACCAAAGCUAUGAUGAUUUAUAUUACAAUCUGAGCAAGAAAUGGGGUUUCCACCUUGAUUCCAGAUGGAGCCUUCCUCUCCCCCUGCUGUACUGGCUUGGCUUCCUGCUGGAAGUGGUGAGCUUCCUGCUGCGUCCAGUCUACAACUACCAGCCUCGCUUAACCCGCUACGUGGUCACACUGUUAAAUAGUGUGUUCACCUUCUCCUACAAGAAAGCUCAGCGAGAUCUGGGCUAUGAUCCGCCUGUCAGCUGGGAGGAAGCCAGGGAGAAAACUUCGGAGUGGAUCGGGUCAUUAGUGGAGCAGCACAAGGGGACACUGAAUUCAAAGACUCAGUGA